CACGGAUCCCCUAAAAAGGUCUCCCACAAAACCCCAAACCCUCUUCCUCUUCUUCUUCUUCUUCUUCCUCGUCGCGCGCAACACCGACCAUGUCGCCACCUCCUCUCUCCCCUCGCGACGUCGUCAAGAGGCGGUGGCUAGGGUUUCUGAUUUGGGAAUCGAUCGCCUCCACGGCGCUCUACCUCCUCUCCUCCCUCUUCCUCUCACGCCGCCCCUUCCCCCUCUCACUCCUCUCCUUCCUUUCCUUCCACCUCUCCCUCCUCCUCCUCUCCCUCUCCUUCUUCAUCCUCGCCUCCCCCCGCCCCGAGCCCUCCGCCUCCCUCGCCGAGCUCGCCAAAGCACCCUUCUUCGCCCCCCUAAGGGGCGAGUUGCGCCGCCGCGUGCGGCGGGCGCUGGACGUGGCGCUCUUCGCGUCCCUCUGCUGCGUCUCGGGGUUUUUGGCGGCGGCGGCGGCGUGCGGGGACGCGGACGAGCUCGUGGAUGCGCGGAGGCUGCUUGGGUUGGGGCUGCGGGGGUCGGUGUUCGGUUUGGUGUUUGGGAUCCAGUAUCUCUAUAGGAAAAGAUGGGUCUUGAGGUUCCCGAUCAUCCAGCGUCCUCUUUUUUACAGCUUUAAAAUGGGUCUUCCAUCGUCAAUCAAAAGAGCUGUGAAGCUAUCAAUUCGGGCUUUAUUUUGUUCGUUCAUAUUGAUGCUGUUUCUGCCGAAGGAGUUCAAGGGCAAGAGAACGAUAGGAAGGCAUAUCAUCCAGCAGAUCAAAUUUUUCAUCGGAACAUUUACUGUUUCUCUCUGUUGGGAAAUUAGUCAUCAUUUACUUCAGGUGGUACACACUAGGAGGUGCAUUUUUGCGCCGUUGCAAGGAUCAGCGGCUGCAGAAACAAAUCCUAGUAAAAUUCUCCUUGAAACAUUGGAACAGAGCAGUCCAAGAUCUCUUCUCCAGUAUCUUGCUUACCUAGAUUUGUGUAUGGUAUCUGAGAGUAACUUAGAACGUUGGCGCCGAGCUGCCUUUUUUGAGGAAACUGGUGAGACCUAUAGGAGAGUUGUAAAUGCAUGCUUGAGGCCUCUUGAACAGCUUGCUUCGAAGCUUGCGGAGGGUUUGGAGGGCUUUUAUGUUGACAAGGCUGAUUUCUUGUCUCAACAAUUAAACCCACCUUUGGAUAUUCACGUGCAGUCCAGGCUUUUUGAAACUUUCAACGACUUCCAGCUGUCCACAUGGUGUGCUAGAACUCUAGCAGCAUUGACAGCACGCUCACAUUGGGAGGAUUGCUAUGGAGUUGCUCAGCUCACUGGUAGUAAUGCCGAUGUAGUUUCAACAUUAUUGUCUUCCCUACUAGCUGUUGAGGCUUGCUUGGGUAAGAAAACAAAUCCACAGCCUGCGGGCUUUCUAGGCCCUGCAAGCAUCAGAUGGGCCACAGCUGGCACAGGGAGAAAAGAAAGUAUAACUGCUAUUGCAAGUAAGACAAGAGGGUUUGCUCUUCAGGGCAAUGCUUAUGCAAUGGCCGAUGUCCUCAGAACAUCAAUCUAUCAAGUAGUCUCUGCUUUCCAUGCUGAUAUGCAGGCAAAUUUAAAAGCAUCGGUUUUGGAGAAGAAUUGGAUUAGUGAGGGGAAACCUUUGUUUGGGACACGUCCCGUCCUUGUACAGAAGCUGUGCCUUUUUCUACAAUACAAUGCAGUUUGAACUAACUAAAUGGUUUUUUAACGCAUUAUCUUUCGACUUUUGGAUCAUUUGAAGCAAAUCUGGCUUGGAGGAAGUGUUUAAUGAUCGAAGGGGAAGGCUUUGUUGUAUCAUGGUUUUGGGUUCCUAGGAUGUCUGAAUAUACACUUCGAAGAGCAAGAAUAGAAAGAAGAUUAUGAGUAUUAGAACUCUAUAGAGUAGAACAGAGCACGAGGUAGGUCUUUGCACUGUGAAAGUAUGAUUUGAGAUGUUUAGUUUUUGGAGUCAGUGAUGGGACAAACAAUUUUUAAUGCUGCAGUUAUGUGCAAUAUUCUUAGUCGUAUGCGGUCAGAUUGAAGUGAGCUGUUGAUGCAAAACUUUGCAGUAUUGUAUUUUGAGCGUCCCAGAAUUUUGCGGGCUGCUGCAAUUUGAGUUCCCAAGGUGUUUUUCCUUGAUAUUGCAGUCCUUUUUCUCCCCCUCUUCUUCUUACUUUCACAGACAUGUAUAUGACUUUUAUUACAAAGAGAACUUAUAGUAGUGAUUCAAAUGCUU